CGCGACCGAUAAGCCGAGUCAGCCGCGCGGAUUCGGCGGAGAAUUUAAGAGACCGCUCACGGCCGAUCUCGCCGAUUGAGCUCGGCUGGUCCGCAGACGAUCGAUUCGACCCCUUCGACUGGCCGCGCUCUCGUGGAUCCGUCGAGAGCCGAACCGAUCGUGAGCCGAUCGAUCGUCGACUCCCCCCGCGAGUGCGAGAAUUCUACUUGUUGCGAAGGACAAAGAAGUGCGUCGAGAGGAAAGAAAGAAAGAGAGAGAGAGAGAGAGAGAGGGGACGGGGUUCCGUGAGAAACGAAGAAAGCCGCCGCCGGAAGCGGAAAUUCGCGUCUGCGCGAGUGUGCCGAGAUCGUGUCGCGAUCGCGUGAUACGCGUUGCCGCGAAAGUGCCGCGUGAGGAACGAGGUCGUGGGUGAGUGGUAUCUCGCCGAUCCGAUGUGAACAGCACGACGGGAAGAUCGGUCGAUCGCUUCCUGAACGGGGGAGAAAGCAGUGCCGAUCCGAUCAUCGCGCGAUGCCGCGUCGCAACGACGACCCCGCCGUCGUCGGCUCGGCACGAGCUGCGCGCGACGGGAUGAGAGCGAAUGGUCGACGUGUGCGAGAACGAGAGUAGAUACCGAUACGUUGUUACAUCGUUCGAAGACUCCAGCCGUCGGCCGAUCGGACGAAGAGUAUCGGGAGAGCGUGUCGCCGAGUGGCUGAACGUGGAGUAGGCGAGAGCGCAGUAGCACGUGAGACGAGUGCCGUCGCUCGAGACACUUGUUGCACGUCGGCCGUCCCUUAAAGAGGGUCUCCGCGCGUCAAUCGGGCAUCCUCCGGCCGCGAGGAACGGACAGCGUGGGUGAGCGCCGCGUGUUCUCGCGAACGUCGCGGCAUGUCGCUCGACGGGACGGUCGCGGACGACCGCGGGCCGAGCGACGCGUCCCUCGUCCUACGCCUAUCGAUCACGUUCGUUCGCAAAAAGUGUUACCACUCGCGUGCACUCGUCGUCGUCCUCUCGUUGGUGAGCGCGUGAGCGUGCGUGCGUGGCAUGCCGUCGAUCGUUGCGCGAACUGCACCCUCGGUUGGACCUCAUCGUCGUCGUCGUUAUUCCUGUUGUUGGCGCGCCCGGACGCUCGGCCGGCUCGAGUAACAACAAUCGAGUAGCGCGUUCGGUGACCGGCGGAAAAACGCGAAGUGCCGUAAGUGCGCGCCGGAUACAUCGGUGUCCUACCGGGGGAUCGAGAGAAGAGCGAUCAUGUGCUACGACGCUCGGUGACACCGGUCGCGGUCGUGCUAUGCGGCGCUACCGUUAGUGGUAUACGUAGCCGAGGCAGCGAGCAGAGCUACCACUGCGGGGCGGCUAUCACCACGUGGUGGACAUCCCCGAGCGCGUACUCGGGCGGUUUCGGCAAGAACAAGAGGAAACAAAGACCGGAAGGCUGGAUCACCUCCGUGGAAUGUCUUCGGGCGCCAAGCGGCUGGUGCAGUCGCUUAGGGGCCGAACCGGCGGUAGAGGCGCCGGCGGCGGUCGAUCCGACGCCGGUGCCGGGGACGACAGCGGCGUCGGCGGCGGCGGGGCCAGUACCAGUGCGACCCGGCUCUGCCACUACGACAGUGGACACGAGUUGGACGAGAUCUCGGUGAUCGGGGCUGUGAGGGGUAACGAAGGGCUGACGACGCCCACCACACCGUGCCACUGCAGGGCUCUCAAGUACGGCAGCGGACAGACGCUUUGCAGCAUCACCGGAUUGGUCCCGCCCGCACCCGCCGCACCCGCGCACAGAACACAGUCCGGCGUCAUCACAUCGGCUGGCGGUGGCGUGAGGCAUCGCCUAAGCGUCGGCUCCGCGUCCGCCCUGAGCUGCGGAGGUGAGAAGCACCGGGAUGGCAGGACCGGAAGGACCGGCGAUGGCAGAGCCGGGGGCGGCAGAGAGAAGGAGGAUGACACCAAGAGCGCGGAGAACGUGUCCAGGGGGGUUUUACCCUCGAGGCAGAGCCUCUUGGACCUCGUCAGCGGUAAAUUCAUGGGCCGGCACACACCCACGCACCACUACUAUCACCAACAUCAACAGCAGGUGUACUCUGUUUCACAGCGUUACUUCAGCUCGUCACGCGACUCGCUUCACGAUACGUACGUGAACCGGAGAGCGAGCGAGCUCGAUCUGUGCCGCAAGCCGAAGAGGAGAGACCACCUAAGGGGCAGAUUUAAGCUGCCGUAUGCAGUUGCGCUCACGCCAUCGCGCGAACAGUCGCACCUGCAUACACCGGCGUCGGUCAAUCAUCUCAGCAACAGCAGCUGCAACGGCACCGAGACGAGGUACACGGCGCAGCAGCAACAGCAGCAACGCGGUAGUAGGGGCUAUCCCGGGCAACCAGGAUCGAGGGGUUUCCGCACGGGUGCGCCGAACUGGUCCUUCAUCUUCGAUCCUGCGGGACGUCUCUGUUACUAUUGGUCGAUGGUGGUUUCCCUUGCCUUUCUUUACAACUUCUGGGUGAUCAUCUAUAGGUUUGCCUUCCAGGAGAUCAACGGAGAGACCCGUUGGGUAUGGUUCUGCCUGGACUACUUCUCGGAUUUUUUAUACGUGCUCGACAUAAUAUUUCACAUUCGAACGGGAUACUUGGAAGACGGCGUACUGCAAACCGACGCCACGAAACUAAGAAAUCAUUACACAAACAGCACCACGUUUUACAUAGACAUCCUGUGCCUGCUGCCCCUCGACUUUUUAUACUUAUCUAUAGGAUUUAACAGUAUGCUGCGAAGUUUUAGACUCGUAAAAAUUUACCGGUUCUGGGCGUUCAUGGACAGGACCGAGCGACACACGAACUACCCGAAUUUGUUUCGCUCCACCUCCUUGAUACAUUAUUUACUGGUGAUCUUUCACUGGAACGGGUGCCUCUAUCACAUUAUUUAUAAGAACAACGGCUUCGGCAGUAAGAACUGGGUGUUCAGCGACUCUGAAACGGCGGACGUGGUGAAGCAGUAUCUGCAGAGCUACUACUGGUGCACUCUUGCUCUGACGACCAUCGGUGAUCUGCCCAGACCGAGAAGCAAGGGCGAAUAUCUCUUUGUGAUUGGUCAGCUUUUCUUCGGUUUGCUGCUGUUCGCAACGGUGUUGGGACACGUCGCAAACAUCGUCACCUCUGUCAGCGCAGCGCGAAAGGAGUUUCAGGCGAAGCUGGACGGCGUGAAGACGUACAUGAGGAUGAGGAGAGUGCCGAACCAUCUGCAGGUGAAGGUCAUCAAGUGGUUCGACUACCUGUGGUUGACGCAGAAGUGCUCCGACGAGGAGAAGGCAGUGAGUUGUCUUCCAGAUAAGCUGAAGGCGGAGAUCGCGAUAAAUGUGCACCUGGACACGCUGAAAAGGGUCGAGAUCUUCCAGAACACGGAGGCCGGCUUCCUGUGCGAGCUGGUGCUGCGACUACGACCCGUUCUUUUCUCACCUGGCGACUACAUCUGUCGCAAAGGUGAGGUGGGAAAGGAGAUGUACAUAGUGAAUAGGGGCCGACUGCAGGUGGUAGCCGACAACGGGAAGACGGUGCUCGCCACCCUAAAGGCGGGUUCCUACUUCGGGGAGAUCAGCAUUCUCAAUAUGGGGACCGCAGGUAACCGGCGAACAGCCAGCGUGCGCUCGGUCGGCUACUCGGACCUCUUCGUACUCAGCAAGAAGGACAUGUGGGACGUGCUCAAGGAGUACCCGGCUGCCCGAGUACGCCUGGAAGCUAUCGCGGUCAAGAGGCUGGAGAAGUACAAGAGGACUCCUCUGGAGAAAGUCAUGAGCAGGUGUCAGAGCACACCCGGCCUGGUAGAGUCGCAGGGUCGCGUGCCGUUGGAGGAGAUGUGGAUAGCGCCGAUCGACCUCAAGUCCGCUCAAGCGUAUUCGACGGCCCACUCGUUGUUCUCGCCGAGCCCGAGUCCGGUGACAUCACGCGGCGUAACGGGCGCCGGGGCCGUGACCGACGGGAACAACGUGCCCAGGGGUGCGGAGAGCCCGAUAAGCGCGACCAGCAGCGGCCCCAGCAGCGAGGACCAGACAGCCAGGGCGCCGCAAUCGGCCGCUACGCAACCCUCCACCGGAAGGCAGUCCACCCACUCUGACUUGCUUGCAGGCUUGACCUGCAACAGCAUGACGCAGCUGGUGAGCGAGGGCACGACGCCUCUGUUCGGCACGCACGAGGCACUGCUGGCGGAGAUCCAGCGUCUUCGCGAGCGUCUGAAGUGCCUGGAGACCGAGAACGCGGCGAUGAGCGUCAAGCUAAGCCAGCAGCAGUGGGAGGUGGAGCACCGGCUGGCCGAAAUCGAGAUGCAGAUCUGCGGGGCGAGCUCGACUUCGAGCGUCGAGGACAACAAUGAGAGGAACCGGGAGAGCAUUAACGUCGGCGGUCAAGAGGAGCAGGACGAAGCGAGGAUCUUCAGCGACACCAAGUCGAUCGGUAGCUUGAGCCAGCACCUCUUCGAGAGCGACGAGGACGAGCGUUACUACGGUACCUGCAACGGCUAUGUCUCGCAGCCCGGCAGCAAGUCGAACCUGCUGCUGUGCAGCGAGUGCGACCAGAAGACACGUACCUGUACCUACCGACCGCAAACGCCUGGCUCCUACGGCGGCAGAUACGUGGAGGAGCGGAUGGAAGACCGACUGCAGGAGCCAGGAACCUCUCGUGCCUACAGAAGCCCGGUGAAGCUGUCCUCUCCGCGCUCUUACCACGCGACGGAUCAGGAUCGUGUGGCUCAGACGGCAUCACCUCGGUCCACGUACCACGAUCCGGAACAGCCGGCGCUGAUCACGUCACCUCGAUCUUACCGAGGUCAGGAGCAGCAACGGCGCGGACGGACCGCGAGGAACACGGACGACCGAGACCGCGACGAGAGCCCGACCUGCGAGCUCUGCCGUGGUAACGGCUACGUCGUGCACUGCGAGCACUGCGACUUCUCCAGCGACGGCGACCUGAUCUGCUUCCGGUGCCAGAGCGACGAGGGCUCGUCCAACGGUCAGAUCUGCCCCCGUUGCGAGCGGGAGGCCGCAGGUACCGCCGCGGCAGCAGGCAGGUCCGGCUCGGUGACGGGCGCCACGUCCUCCAGCGACGAGGGCAAGUACCCGGUGGACGCGGUGGUGAAGAUCCAGGUGAACGAUCGGACGAUCGACGUCGACUCCGACGAGACCCCCGAGAGCGAGAGCUCGAGCAACCAUCAUCCCCAGAGGGGCACGAUGGAGAGACUCGACACCAUCGUCGAGGCGAAGGGCGACACUGCCAGCGAGAACGACGAGGAGAACGGCGGCACGAAGCUCAACGGUACCACUAGCGCCAGAUAUCUCAAUUACAUGAUCGUGCUGUUCCUGUAAAUAGACGACGUU